UUUCUUUAUGCCCCUUUUCCUCCUCCUCCUUACACUCCUUCACUCCACCUCUCUCUCUCUCUCUCUCCCCCUCUAUCUGAAGUGUCUUCUUCCUCUCUUCCCUAAUCUCCUCUCUUCUGCGUUGUCGUCUCUCCCUCUCCUUCUCUCUCCCUCUCUCUUUCUCUUCUUCCUACUGUGUGUGUGUGUGUGAGUGAGAAGUUGGCCAUCAUGGAGAGGCGAGGAUGCAUGUGGACGCUGUGUCUCGUGGUACUGUUUGGAUGGGCUCAGGGGCAGAACCGCAACGACAGCUCAAGACCUACGUUUUACUGUGGAGGAAACCUGGAUGGGGACAGUGGCUUUGUGGGCAGUGAGGGCUUCCCAAACUUCUACAAGCCAGACAGCAAAUGCACCUGGUACAUCACGGUGCCAGAGGGCAACGUGGUCAUGCUGACCUUCAGGAUCUUCGACCUUGAGGCCGACUCCCAAUGUCGCUAUGAUUACCUGGACGUCUACAACGGACACUCCAACCUGAAGGAGAAGCUGGGCCGAUUCUGCGGAACGUUCCGGCCCGGCCAGCUCAUGUCCACCUCCAACACCAUGAUGCUGGACAUGGUGUCAGACUCCGGGACCGGGGGCCGGGGAUUCGUGGCCUUCUACCAGGCUGGAAAGCCCCACGCAGACGACCAGAUCUGCGGAGGGAAGUACACCAAGUCUCAGGGGACCCUGAAGACCCCCAACUGGCCCGAUAAGCACUACCCUCCUGGGGUCACCUGCUCAUGGCUCAUCACCGUAGAGCCACACAUGGCAGUGGAGGUGAACUUUGAUAAGUUCACGGUGGAGGGAGACUCGUACUGCCGCUUUGACUAUGUGGCGUUCUACAACGGAGGGGAGAGGGAGGACUCCAGACGCAUCGGGAAAUACUGUGGAGACCAGCCUCCCAAGCAGCUGGUGAGUAAUGGUAACGUCCUGCUGGUCCAGUUCGUCUCUGACACCAGCGUCACCUCCGACGGCUUCAUGGCCACGUAUCGCAGCAUCCCGCGCGGCUCCAAGAGCCCCACCAGCCCCGAGGAUGCCCUGAGCGGACCCCCCCGCGUGGACGCCCGCCCCCUGCCCCGUCCCCGCCCCCGCCCCAUCGACCGCUCCAACAGGUACGGUGAGGAGGAAGAUGAGGAGCAGUACAGGAAGCCUGAAUCCCCCAGGAGGCCCAUCGUGGUCUACACCCCCACGGAGAGGGAGGUCACGGAUGCCCCCACCACCACAACCACCACCACCGUGCCACCCACACCCAAGCCCAAACCCAGACGGGUGAACCCCAAUCGCAGGAAGAACGGCAAUAGGAGACAACCCAAUGGGAAUGGCAAUGGAAAUGCUAAUGGCAAUGCCAAUGGAAAUGCCAAUGGAAAUGCUAAUGCCAAUGCCAAUGGGAAUGCCAAUGGAAAUGGGAACGCCAAUGGAAAUGGAAACAGCAGACUACCUGUACAGCCAUCUAGACCCAGAGUCAACCUGAACCCUGUGUGUGCUCAGGCCUGUAAGAGAGACGGGACCCUGAAGAGCAGCUUCUGCUCCAGUGACUUUGUCAUCACUGCCAGACUGACCUCCGUGACCCCCCAGGCCGGCGGCUCCGUGCUCAUCACAGGCUCUCUGAUCACGGCCUACAAGCCCGGCAAGCUCGACAUCACACAAGCUGGAGCGGGCAGCACCAUCAAGCUCAUCUCCGCCUGCCAGAAAUGCCCAGUGCUACGCAGAGGUGGCAGUUACAUCCUCAUGGGCAUGAUGGAUGAUGACGGUCGUGGCACGUUGGCACCUGGCAGCUUCACCGCACCUUACAAGCCAGCUCACCACAAGAUCCUACAGAACAUCAACAACCAGCCAUGCUAACCAAUCACCUAGCGUAGACUAGCCAGCCAACAGUACAAACCAGGCUAACCAACCACACUCCAGACCAUCAGCAACCACCCAUGCCAGCCACUCAGAUAGCACUGCCAUAAAAAAAGAGCUGAGACUGAGAUUCCAUGUUUCCCUUAUAAAAAAACUGCCUAUGUUACUGCAGUAUCAAAACUGCAGUUUUUUUUAUUACAAUAGCACUGCAGAUUACUACAUCAUUACUGCAGUGUAUUAUUGCAGCAAAUACUAUAAUACAAUAUUUUGGACACAAAACACUGCAUACUACAACAAUACUGCACUUUACUGCAUUGUACCGCAUAAUGCAAUAUUUUGGACAGGAAAAUAUUGCACCACUGCAGAAAAACUGCAAUUUAGUUUCUUUUGUUAUAAACUGUAGCUAUUGGACUGAAGCUGGUGGAGAGAGAGAGAGAGCGAGAGUAGAGGUCGCCAGAGUAAAAGUAGAAGUAAAAAACCAAAACCUCCCAUAGUUUCCUUCCAACACAAGUAACUUCAACAAGUAACUUGUCUACAGUCACUAUAGAGUGAAGUACCUGAUUCAGCGCUGUAUGGGUAUGGAGUUUUAUUUUAAGGUUUUUAGUGGGUUUUUUUUCAGUAACAGCCAUGUCUAGCCACCUCAUUCUAUACAAUGAAAUAGCUGGUCUAACCGCUAUGUAGUAUAAUGAGCUAGUGUGGUACUUACACCAUUAGUUUACUACUGUACUACUUUUACUUCUGCCACCUCUGAGAGAGAGAGAGUAAACCAGAACAGAAAGUUAAAUGAUUGAAUACGGCUUCAGAUAAGGCACACUUUGCGAUUUACUACUUUAAAACCUUGGGUUAAAAAAAAUUGCAUUCAAAUUACACAUAAAACGAGAGAUGAGGAGUUAAAAUGCCAGAGGCCUCAACUUGCAGCUGGGAUGAUCCACCUCCUGGCUUUAUGAGGUGCAAAUGGUGCGAAUGGACAGCUUAAUACCUUACACAUAGUGGGACUAUAUUUUUUAUUUAACAUUUUUUUAUACCCACAGGGAUGUCACAUAGCCUACUAUACAGUAUUUCUACGUAAAUUAUGAUGUCUUUGAAUAAAAAAACAAACAACUUUUAUACACAAUUUGCUGUCUGGAAUUUUUAUAGCAUGUGUCCGAUUUGUCGACACUUUCCACUCUACUUGAAGGCUCUGUUGCCUGUGUUAGUAGGCCUAUUAAGCCGGAGCAGGCUUUUUUCAGGGUUGAGGAAUGUUCCGGUACAAUACUGCCAACAAAUAUAAUCACUCAGCCACAUCGAGAAUCACAUAUAAUCAUGCUGCGAUGAGGACUAUGAUGAGAGGGCAAAUACUUCUCUGGGUUUCCUGGAGCUUCCAAAUUGCUCAUUUUAUAUCUGUGAAUUUUAGUUUUCCCAUAUGUCACCUUGGGUUCCUUGAAAGAUGCUAUA